AUGGUUGAGCAGGACCGCUACGGUCAUAGUUUACUGCUGGCAUACCGGCUGCGCCCCUAUUACAGGAAUAGGUCAGUGACGGAUCUGACCCAGAAACCAGAGCUCCAUGUCCCAGGGACUCUGGCAGCUGGGGCACCUGCGACCUUGGCCUGUAGCUUCAGAGGCGCCUGCAAAGAAACCAAAGCCCUCUUCGUCUCCUGGAAAGGGCCCAACGUGUCCGCAUGCACAGACGGCUCCAGCAACUCCUCCUCCCCAUACCCCUCCUCCCUUGUGCUGCACUUCACCCUGAAACCUAAGGACCGCCGCGCCACCCUCAGGUGUCAUCUGAACUUCUACCUGGCCCACCUGCCCGGAAGUAGCAUGGUCAGACUCCAGGUGGCCUCACCGGCCAGGCUGCUCUACUUUUCUUGCUCCUUGGAGAAGACUCUGCAGUGCAGCUGUUCCUUCCGUGGGACCCCCACGCCCUCAGUGCGGUGGUUGAUGGGAGGUGAUCCUGUGGAUCUGAACAGCAUGCAUAAAAACUUCCAGGUGACUUCCAACAUAGCUGCCCCUUGGGCCAACAGCACCAUCAGCCUCCUCGGGGAGCCAGAAAUAGUCACGGGCCUCCGCUGUGAGGGGAGGAACCAACAGGGAAUCCAUACCUCAAGCAUCUUCCUGAUACCACCAGAUAAGAAUUCAGUUUCUAAUGCGCUGGUGAAAGGGCUGAUCCAGGGCGUUGUGUAUGGAUCCAUUGUGACAGCACUAUUCUUCUUCUUCCUCGUCCUCCUUGCAAUGAAGAUGCUUAAGUGGUGGGAGGAGAGUCACGUUCCUAAGGCCAGUGAGGCCCUGAUCCCUGAGAAACCAGAGAUGCUGGAGGAGCCGAAAAUACCCCAGGAGUCUGCAGCUGAACCCUCGCCCGCUUCUGUAGCAGGCCUCGCGCGCCCCGGACCGGCCCCCCUUUCCCCUCCCCCUUCGCGCCGCCGCUGCCGCGAUGCCCCCCCCCGCGCCGGGGCCCGGCUCCGGCUUCUCGCCGCCGCCGCCCUGGCCGGCCUGGCCGUCAUCAGCCGAGGACUGCUGUCUCAGAGUCUGGAGUUCAGCUCUCCUGCUGACAACUACACGGUGUGUGAAGGCGACAACGCCACACUCAGCUGCUUCAUUGACGAGCAUGUGACCCGAGUAGCCUGGCUGAACCGCUCCAACAUCCUGUAUGCGGGCAACGACCGCUGGACCAGUGACCCAAGGGUGCGGCUGCUCACCAACACUCCGGAAGAGUUCUCCAUCCUCAUCACCCAGGUGGGGCUGGGCGACGAGGGCCUCUACACCUGCUCCUUCCAGACCCGCCACCAGCCGUACACCACUCAGGUCUACCUCAUCGUCCACGUCCCUGCCCGCAUCGUGAAUAUCUCUUCGCCCGUGACAGUGAAUGAGGGGAGCAACGUGAACCUGCUUUGCCUGGCUGUGGGGCGGCCGGAGCCCACGGUCACCUGGAGGCAGCUCCGAGACGGCUUCACCUCCGAAGGCGAGAUCCUGGAGAUUUCCGACAUCCAGCGGGGCCAGGCUGGGGAAUACGAGUGCGUGACUCACAACGGGGUUAACUCUGCACCGGAUAGCCGCCGCGUGCUGGUCACAGUCAACUAUCCUCCAACCAUCACCGACGUGACCAGCGCCCGCACGGCGGUGGGUCGGGCCGCCCUCCUCCGCUGCGAAGCCAUGGCGGUGCCUCCCGCGGAUUUCCAGUGGUACAAGGAUGACAGACUGCUGAGCAGUGGCACGGCCGAGGGCCUGAAGGUGCAGACGGAGCGCACCCGCUCAAUGCUUCUCUUCGCCAACGUGAGCGCCCGGCAUUACGGCAACUACACGUGCCGCGCAGCCAACCGGCUGGGAACAUCCAGCGCCUCCAUGCGGCUCCUGCGCCCAGGAUCCCUGGAAAACUCGGCCCCGAGGCCCCCAGGGCCCCUGACCCUCCUCUCCGCCCUGGGCUGGCUGUGGUGGAGGAUGUAGGAAGAACUCAGUGCCGCUGGUGUCCCCCUGCGAGGGGGGGCUGAGGCCGAGAGCGAGAGGAGCAGGGGGAGCAAGCGCCGUGGGUCUCGAGGGGCGGAGGAGCUCUCGGCCGCUGAGGAAGAAGAGGAAAAGGAAGAGGAGGAGGGAAGAUCUAUAGAGAACCCAUCACUGUGAGGGAUAACGCAAAAUUAUGCAUCUUUCUACAGCCAUUCUCGCCACCGUUCACCUUUCCGAUUGACCCACCCCUGGCCACCCCCACACCCCUCUCUUAGCUCAGGCUGUCAACUGGAUCGCGCGUGUGUGGUAGGUGUGAGCGUGUGUGUGUGUGCAUGUGUGUGUGUGUGUGUGUGUAUGGAUGAGGGGUGGGUGGGUGGGGAAGGGGGCUCAGCACUCUUCCCUCCUGGGCACCCCCCUCCCCCGACAUCCACUGCCCCCAUCCCUGCUGUCUCUCACCUCUGGCUGGAGGUAGGUAUGGGGUCUUCGUGCUGGAAGCUGUGAGGGGAGGUUUUCCAGGCUCCCGCUUUCCCAGUAUAUGCACGUACCCCGCCCCCUCCCCUCCCUGCUGAAAGGCUGUCUCCCGGGCAGGUUGGAAGUGGGAGGGGCAUCAGACUUGCCUGGCAAGCUGUCACUCAACCUCUGCGAGCAGGUGCGGGAUCUCCACUUUGGCUCUGGGCCUCCCUGCUGUCAACCAACCACCUGCCUGGAGCCAGAGGCCCCAUCACCGGCUCAGCGGCCUGAGACCUUCCCGCUUUCCCUGUCCCUCCCCGCCCUGGACUUUCUGGCCCUCUCCCGGGCCAUCGGUGCUUCCAUCCAACUGUCAGGCCGGUGCCUGCUGUCACCUGCCUGUCUCAGUGCUUUGCCCUAGCCCUCCCCCACUCCCUUCGGCCGCCUGCAGCGCCCCUACGGCCGGCCCACAGGUGUGAGCUUGCUCGUCCACCACUGCCUGGCCUCUCCACCAACUGACCCUCCCAAAGGCUGACCUGACCACCCUCACACACACUCAGACACACACACACACACACCAGCGACUGUGACCAGCAAUAGCCCCCUGGCUCCAGCUGUCCUGUAGCCGGUGACCAGCUGUGGUUCCCCCGAGGAUGAGCAAUUAUGUCAGAAAGGCACUCCGAGGCUGUAACUUCAGCUUGGAUUGUAGGCAUACUCCACGCUGGCACACCACAUCCCACAACGUGGGGGAAGAGAGGGGCAUCACACAGACGUCCCCAGCCCAGACCGAGAUGUUACCAACUCCAGCUCCCGGGAGACCCUCUUAUAAACACCCACCCCAAACUAUACCACCCAGCAGGAGCUUGGGAGGACAAGAGAGGGCAGAGCAGGGGCAGGGGGGGCAAGGGGCAGUGACUGUACCUCAGAUGGGGGCCCCAUCCCACAUUGUCUUCCAUUCCCAGGGUCCAGGGGACAGGGAGGGGAGGGGGAGGGUGCCAGGGAGGGGGGCGGGGGGGCCCUGGGGGCCGUGUGUUCCGAUUCAUGGGGAGUGUUGAGACCGCCACACCAAUAAACGCCUUUUUCCAAAGUCUCCGCCUGCUAGUGUCAACGUCAGUAAGCAUAUGGGUGAGUGGGGUGCAGACUCCUGGUCAUUGGUGGUGCCUCCCCAGCGUCACUUCUGCCCUCCCCUUUCUCUUUGGUAGAUUUGGAAUUGACCUAUUUACAGAGGUGGCCCCUGAUUGGCUGAAGCUACUCGGCAUAGCCCGUUUCCCACUGUGACUGGUUCAGAGGUGGGCACAUGGCCCAGCCAGGCUAAUGAGAGAAGGAACACCAGAGCAGUGUGGAUUUCCCAGGAAGAGCUGCUCUUCUGUUGGGAUAAUGUGGCUCAAUGGUAUGAAGUCAAGAUCUGCAGGAUGUCCAUUCUCCAUCACAUGGAGAGAUCUUGGGUCUAUGGGGAUAGCACUGGUGGGGAAGACAAUACAUGGAGCCUUCGAGUGAUAGAAACACCAUGGAACGCAGAGUGGAAAGUCUAGAGAAACUGAGUCCUUGAUGACAUCAUGUGAACAACUGGAUCAAAAUUUACCUGGUGCCUACCUUCACUUACAUGAGCAAUAAAGUCCAAUGUAUGUUUAAGCCAACUCGUUAGGUUUUCAAUUUCUAGCGAUUACAAAAGAAACGGAAAUUCUCACUGACACAGAAGAGAUGUAGAGGUUCCAGGACUCCAGCCAUCACCUUUCUAAAAAGAUCCAAGGUCUCUAUUUUCCAAAGGCCUCUUUCACACCAAACUUUAGCCAGAAUGGCCCAUAUCCUUUCUUCCCCUGAGACAGAUAUUGUUGCCUAUGCUUUAAUUUAUUUGUUUACAAUUUCAUCUUUGCCCACCUUCCAUGACACAGACUGAGACAUUUGGUUUCCCAGCCUCCCUCACAGUGAUAUGGCCAGCUUUUGGUCAAUGAGACUUAAGAGAAGUUUGCUAUCAGGCUUCCAGGAAAUUUUCGCCUCAUUCAUGUGAGGAAAGGAACCCUGCUCCCUUCCUUUUGUCAUUAGAUACAGUUGUGUGAAGA